AUCUCAGGAUCAGAUUAAUGUCACUAUAUAAGAGCAGGACACAGAGACAGACAGAGACAAACCGUGCUGGAGACAUCUGAUCGUUUCUUUGAGGUCCAUUCUCAGGUUGUGUGAUGUGUAAGGGGUUGUCUGCCAUCCCCUCCUCAUGCCUGGAGAAGGCGAAGGGCAUGAGGGUCAAGCUAUCCCACCUGGCCGAAAAGCAGGAAUGGGUUUACAAACACAGAGCGAAUGAGGAAAAGCUGCCUCAGGACUUGGAGUCUCUGCUCAACAGCAAACUGGGCAUUCAGACUUUCCGCUGGUUCCUGCGCUCAGAGUUCAGCGAGGAGAACCUGGAGUUCUGGCUGGCGUGUGAAGAAUACAAGAACUCGCCUGAAUCCAAACUGGCGGGAAAAGCCCAGAACAUCUAUAACCAGUUCAUCAACCCCGACGCUCCUCAUGAGGUGAAUCUGGACAGCGAGACGCGUGAGGCGUUGACGGGGUUGAUGCAGGAGCCCACGGCGGACACGUUUGAUGAGGCUCAGCACCGCAUCUUCUCCCUGAUGGCCAAAGACUCAUUCCCGCGCUUCCUGCGCUCCUCUUAUGGCCAACAGCCUAUCAGAGUCCUGUGAGAUGCAUCAUGCUAUCAAACCCACUGUUUAGUCAUUUAGUUAAAGGAUUAGUUCACUUUAAAAUGAAAAUUACCCCAUGAUUUACUCACCCUCAAGCCCUCCUAGGUGUAUAUGACUUUCUUCUUUCUGAUGAACAUAAUUGGAGUUAUAUUAAUAAUCACCCUAAUGCUCCCAAGCUUUAUAUCGGCAUUGAACAUGUUUGAAGCUUGAGAAAGUGCAUCCAUCCAACAUAAACGUACUCCACACGGCUCUGGGGGGAUAAUAAAGACCUUCUGAAGCAAAGCGAUGCAUUUGUGUAAGAACAAUAUCCAUAUUUAACAAGUUAUGAAGUAAAAUAUAUUCUACUUAUGAAAAAAGUGUAACGCCUCUCACAGUUUAAAAUGCUUACGCUACGCCUUCCCUUUUUCCGCAAGUUGAAUGGGGAAGGUGUAGGAUGUAGCGUAAGCGUUUUGAACUGCGAGAGUUUUACACUUUCUUCGUAAGUUAAAUACGGAAGGCGUCUGGCGGAAGCUAGAUAUUUUACUUCAUAACUUGUUUAAAUAUAU